AGUUUAUUCAAUAUUGUAAAAAAAUUAUAAUUUCACACUUGAAGGAUGGUAAAGACCUAUAAAGAAAUUGACGAAAUAAUCGGUAGAGAUUUUAGUACCGUAAGAAACAUUAAAAAACCGCGGCGCGGUAUGCUGUCUGGUAUCAUUUGAAAGUAUUAAUAUUGUUAGCAGUCGUUGGCCGCGAGACAACGCCUUCAGUGGUUUGAAUUUAAGUUGAAUUAAGUUCAGAUAUAAUGAAAUGGUUCCCUCCAGACGUAGUAGAAACAGCUCAAGACGGUCUUCUAUUCUUAAACCGCCUAAACCACGGCAACCAUUGCAAAAUUUAAAUUUGAAUAAUUCAUCCAGCGACAGUAGUCCUAUGUCUACGAUAAAGAUGAAAAGGCGUGUUAGUUUUGCAGAGAAAAAGCAUGUCAAAGAAUUUUGUAAUUCCAUGGAGCAAGGGACUAUAUGGGAUAGUACGUAUGAGGAACAUGAUAUAAGCAAUCUUAAAGUUUCAUGCUCUCCUAGCGAUGAAAAUUAUGACAUCAAAAGUAUAUUGAAAGAGAAUAUUCAAGUUACUAAAUUCUAUAAUAACAAUGAUGAAAUUAGUCAGAAAGAUCUGAAUGUAGAAAAUUGUGAUAUAAACUCCAUAAAUAUAGUUGAAAGCAUAAAAUGUAAUGAUGCGUUAUUAACUCGGAAAGAACUUUUAACGAAUGCAUCCUCAAUUACAUUUCCUAGUACAGUGAAUCAGGAAAAUGAAUUUAUUUUUGCAACUGAUGCACAAUUAAAUAGUAAUGACCAUAUACAUAGAAGUGUCAUUGUAUACAACGACCCGGUGGAAAAUGUAGCUAAUAAAAUUGUCUGUUCUCAGCAAUCAAGCAAAAGUAAUGUCAGUUUGUACAACACGAAUGUUACAUGCAUUCAGGAUAUAGAUAUGAGUUUUACUAAAAAUUUUUGUGAUACUGUAUAUACUGAAAGUAAUUAUAUUGAGAAUAAUGAGUUAAAAAGUACAAAUAAAAUUACAACAUCAAUGAAUAUUUUUGUAAGAGAUACUCAGAGUUCUAUGAAUCUUUUGCAAGAGCAAAAUAUUGUGGAACAUAAUACAACGAUGAAAAAAGGAAUAGAUCAAAGUAUAUCGAUGAGAACAAAUAUAGCAGGAUCAACUAUGCGCAAGCCCAUUGUUAAUUUUGAUAUUGCAAAAUCAGGCACUGAAACAUUCGAUGCUUCGAUGGAAAUAACUGCCGCAAUAGUACCAACUAUGAAAAUAGAGGAUACUACUUAUUAUGACACAUCAAUGGAUAUUACUGAACCCAUAUAUGAGAGUGAAUUAUCUGAUAGAUUAUUGCCACGAAAAGUACUGCAAUGUAAACAUAAUAAUACAUGUGUAGAUGAAAUGACUAUAGAGAUGACCGAGGCAGUGCCAGUCAAUGUAUAUUCUGUAAAUCCUGAUAACAGCAUAAUAUAUACAGAUACAGAGAUGGAAUUUACUAAAGCUUUAACAUCAUUAAUUAAAGUACCUUCUGAUAAUUUGAACUAUAAUAAAUCUUCUUACGCUCGGAAUUCUCAUGAUUCAAUGUCGAAUAAUUAUAGAAGCGAUGAUAUAAAUUUAGUAUCAGAUAGAACUAGAAUUUUUCAUAAUACGUCGAUGACAACUACAGCCGUUGUGUCACCAUUGAGUAUGGCAGAUGCGUCUGAAAAAGAAAUCCUAGAUUGUAAGUCAAAUUUAAAUAAUCAAGAGUUUGAUAGACCUGAUGAUAUAAAUUUAGUAUCAGAUAGAACUAGGAUUUUCCAUAAUACGUCGAUGACAACUACAGCCGUUAUGUCACCACUGAGUAUGGCAGAUGCUUCUGAAAAAGAAAUGCUAGAUUGUGAGUCAAAAUUAAAUAAUCAAGAGUUUGAUAGACCUGAUGAUAUAAAUUUAGUAUCAGAUAGAACUAGGAUUUUCCAUAAUACGUCGAUGACAACUACAGCCGUUGUGUCACCACUGAGUAUGGCAGAUGCUUCUGAAAAAGAAAUGCUAGAUUGUGAGUCAAAAUUAAAUAAUCAAGAGUUUGAUAGACCUGAUGAUAUAAAUUUAGUAUCAGACAGAACUAGGAUUUUUCAUAAUACAUCGAUGACAUCUACAGCUGUUGUGUCACCACUGAGUAUGGCAGAUGCUCGUGAAAAAGAAAUGCUAGAUUGUGAGUCAAAAUUAAAUAAUCAAGAGUUUGAUAGACCUGAUGAUAUAAAUUUAGUAUCAGAUAGAACUAGGAUUUUCCAUAAUACGUCGAUGACAACUACAGCUGUUGUGUCACCACUGAGUAUGGCAGAUGCUUCUGAAAAAGAAAUCCUAGAUUGUGAGUCAAAUUUAAAUAAUCAAGAGUUUGAUAGACCUGAUGAUAUAAAUUUAGUAUCAGAUAGAACUAGGAUUUUCCAUAAUACGUCGAUGACAACUACAGCCGUUGUGUCACCACUGAGUAUGGCAGAUGCUUCUGAAAAAGAAAUGCUAGAUUGUGAGUCAAAAUUAAAUAAUCAAGAGUUUGAUAGACCUGAUGAUAUAAAUUUAGUAUCAGAUAGAACUAGGAUUUUCCAUAAUACGUCGAUGACAACUACAGCCGUUGUGUCACCACUGAGUAUGGCAGAUGCUUCUGAAAAAGAAAUCCUAGAUUGUAAGUCAAAUUUAAAUAAUCAAGAGUUUGAUAGACCUGAUGAUAUAAAUUUAGUAUCAGACAGAACUAGGAUUUUUCAUAAUACAUCGAUGACAUCUACAGCUGUUGUGUCACCACUGAGUAUGGCAGAUGCUCGUGAAAAAGAAAUGCUAGAUUGUGAGUCAAAAUUAAAUAAUCAAGAGUUUAAUAGACCUGAUGAUAUAAAUUUAGCAUCAGACAGAACUAGGAUUUUUCAUAAUGCAUCGAUGACAACUACAGCUGUUGUGUCACCACUGAGUAUGGUAGAUGCUUGUGGAAAAGAAAUGCUAGAUUGUGAGUCAAAUUUAAAUAGUCAAGGGUUUGAUAGAACUGUGUUAUACCCAAAUAUGUCUAUGCAAAUUACAGAAGCAGUACCAUUAUUACAUAGUAAUAAUCAUGUAGAAUAUACUGCUGUGAAUUCCACUGAAAUCGGGCCCUUACCACUGUCUGAAAAAACUGGAAAUAAAAGUCUUUGUGACGAUUCCUUAAAUCAAAUUACCAUACCUGAUAAUAUCUUAAAAGACAUAACUGCUUCAAUGUAUCCUUCUUCAGUUAAUUCAAAUGCGUGUUUAAACGAAGAAAGUGGUACAAUUCCUAAUUCAAGAAAUUUGAAAGAUAGCCUUGUCAAUGAACGUGCUCAGAAUGAAGUUCAAAAUUCUAUAAAUAUUGGAAUUAGCAUGACCUUGCAUGACUCGAUAGAGGAAGGUACUGGUGCUUCAGCUUUAAAAGGAAAUAACACAGAUACAGCUUCCGCUUCACUUAACAUUGUACCGAAUGAUCCGUUCUGUACUAUAACAUCAGAGAUAAAUCAAAACAAAUGCAUACAACUUGAGCAUUUACAAGAUACUAUAUCGCAUAUUGAAAAGACAUGUAUAAUAAAACCUUUUACUGAUCACUCUUUUACAAGCAGUAAUAAGGAAAAUAUUAACGUUUCAGAACUGAACAAUGUUGUACAAGAUAAUGAUAAACAAUCUUUAGUGAAAGAGAGUUCUACAUUUUGUAAUGAAAGUUUGGGGGAAUUAGAAGCAAUUGAACCGCCAUCAUUUAUUUGUUUAGACAAUUUGUCAGAUGAAAGUGUAACUGUUUCAUGUAAUCGGGAUAUUGAUACAGAAAGGAUCAAGAGAUUCAUAGUAACCGAACGUACAGACACUAAACAUUUUAGAUAUAGUAAUCAGGACUGUAUUUCUGUGCAAAAUAACCAGGUAAAUAUAUUAGGAGAAAAUACAAAUGAGUCUGUAUUAUUUUUGAAUGACAAACCGCUCAGUUUCAAACUUGAACAUGAAGAUCUGUUACAAAUUGGUGAGGCCCAAAAGUUGCAAUUGUCACAUAUGACCAAUACUGACAUAGAGCCCCAACCUGAUUGUUCUUUGCCAACAAUAACAGACACCGAAAAAAUUUGCAUAUCUAAUGUUAAACGGAAAACUCGAGAUGUAAAUACACAGAACGUUUGCAAAGACAACUCUAAUGUAGAAGAUCAAAGCAUGGAAUAUUCUUCAUUAAAUAUAAACGAUAAUUAUGAAGGUACUUCUAAAGCUGAUAUUGAGAAUAGUCAUCUAUGUAAUGACAAAUUAAAAUUGUGCAAUGAUCAGAAUCUAUCAAAUGCAAUGAACACAAAACCGAGGAAAAAUUUGGAAUCCCAUGAUUCUUUUGUGGAAAAUGAUGUAUCUAUCGAAUUAGAUGCCUUUUCUUUACUAAUAAAGGAAUUGAGAGUUUGUGCAAAAAGUAACGAAAUUAUUUGGGACGUAUACCACGAAAAUAUUGAGAAAAAAAUGAUUAUAAUUGGUUUUAUGUCUUGUUCGUUGUUAGUAAUAAUAUAUUCAAAUAACGAUUGCAAUAUCACAAAUGCUCAGUUUAUUAAAAACAUUAAAAUAAUUUCACGACUUGCAGAUGAUGCAGAUGUGUUCAUAAGCAUAGUCCAUAAGUUAGUCCUAGAAAAACUAGAUGUCAAGAAAUUGAUGGAUUUUUAUAAAAAUAAUGAGGAUAUUUUGCCAAUGUUAGAGUAUAUAUCAACAGAAGUAAAGUUAGCUAUGGACAUUAUGUUUGAAUUGAAAUAUUUGGACAGCUUAAAUUCGAUGGAAAUAACUCACAAUAGCAUAUCUUUCAUUUCACACACCAUAAAGAUGGACGUUAUAUUGAAGAUUACAAUAAAUAUUAAACCGUUCGAGAAGAUUGAAUUCCAAGACAUCUCUGUUGAUUGCUUAUUAGGUUCAGCGAGGUCAAAAACUGUUAAACAAUUGAUAAUGAAUGUAAAAAGGGACCAUAAAUUUUUUCGAAGGUGUAUAAGUGAUGUGAAAGAUUACAUAUACAUAAUAGAAGAAUCUAGUAGUACGAAUAAAAUUCCACGUUGAUAUAUGUAUCUUUCGUCAAG